UCCAAGCUGGAUUUUGAUUGUGGUGUAAUCUUGGAAUGUCUUGAUAUUGUCUUAUAGGUUGUUGGUUUGGUAGGGACUCGUAUGUGCAUAUGGACGCGUACUGGGACAAGAAACAUAUUUUCUUCUCGUGAUGGCAUGUUUACCAAGGGAUUGUGCAUGAGUUAUGUGGAUCCAGAAGCUGUGGUUGGGUGUGAGGAUGGCAAAGCUCGUGUUUUUGACAUGUAUAGCAGAAAGUGUUCUCAAAUUAUCAAGAUGCAUCCUGGGCCAAUUACAUGCUUAUCUUUCAGUGAUGAUCAGUUACUCAUUUCUGGUUCCUCUCUUGGAAGUAUUUCCAUGUCGGAUAUUUCCUCUGAUCAGCAAGUAACCACACUGAAGCCACUCAGUUCUGCAGGCAUAAAGACAUUGUGCUUUAACCCUCGCUCCAAUCUACUGUUUGCUGGAUCAACUGAUGGCCAUGCAUCUUGUUGGGAUAUUAGGACAUUACGGCGUCUAUGGGAAACACGCGUUAGUCCCAACGUUCUUUAUUCGAUAAAUCACCUGAGGAAUGACACAUCAACAUUAGUCAUUGGUGGUAUAGAUGGUAUCAUAAGAAUUCUGGACCAGGAUACAGGUCAAGUACUCUCAAGAUGCAUUGUUGACGAUGCUACUGGUGUAUCAAGUCGAUCAAAAGACAGGCAUCAUCAAAUCAUUGAAACAAAGAAGGUGAGAAGGCUCUCUGAAGAUGUUCAGGUUGAUCGUCUGCCUAUAGCUCCUAGACCACCUAUCACGUGCUUAGCUGUUGGGAUGCAGAAAGUUGUUACAAUGAAUAAUGAUAAAUGCAUUAGGGUGUGGAAGUUUAGAACUGAUUAAAUAGUUCUUCAUUAAGUGUUUUAGUUUGUCCAGAUGGAAAUAGUCGUCGAUCUGUCAUAAACAUUAACCCCCAUGCAUGGUGAAGUAUGCAAGAGGCUUUGUGACAGAUUUUUCUCACCAUGUUGUAUUUCAAGGUUACCCAUAUACAAUGAAGAAUGCAAGAGGCUUCCAUAGCAGAUUUUCCUGCCUUAUUAUAUGUCAAGUAUGUUAUAUUCAGAAACUCCA